AUGUUUCAGAUCUUACCAGCAGGUGACCAGACAGAGGUUGGCGAGAAUGGUGUGACACUCAGUGGGGGCCAGAAGGCUCGAAUAGCCCUUGCCAGAGCUGUUUACCAGGAGAAAGAGCUUUACCUCCUUGACGAUCCCCUGGCAGCUGUAGAUGCCAAUGUAGCCAACCAUCUUAUGGAGAAAUGUGUUAUGGGAGUCCUCAAGCACAAGACAAGGAUCCUUUGCACCCACAGGACGGAGUUUUUGAAGAAGGCUGAUGCCUUGUUGUUGGUGGACAACGGCAGGGUAGUCAGGACAGGAACACCAGCUGAGAUCCUGCCACUUGUGGAAGCUUUCCCCAAGUUCAAGGACAUGGACAAGAGGCAGGAUAAAGCCCCUGAAGAGCAGGGCCAAGAGGAUGCCAUAAAGACAGAGGCAGAAGAAUUGACCCCAAACAAUCCCCUUCUCCGCCAGGAGGAGGAGAAGAAAGAAGGAGCAGUAGCUUUUAAGGUGUACAAGGCAUAUUGGCUGGCAGUGGGCAGCUGCUUGGCAUCGUCCAUCCUCUUUUCCCUGCUCCUGAUGCAAG